CGUCAGAAGUGAAUCCGUUCUACCCAGCUGAUCUAGAGGUGCAGCUGACGCUCGGAGAGCUGGUUCCUGGUUAUUACUGUGUUUACCAGGCCGGAGAAGAUGGGCUGCUGCUUUAGUAAGGAGCUCGGCCCCGAGCCGCAGACUGAGAGGAGUGUUCUGUUAUCGCCGCCCCUCCAGGACGGGCUCAGCACGCUGACGGAGCAGGUCAGGAGGCAGGCUGAGGCCGUGGCCCACAGCGCCCGCCUGGAGGACCAGGAGCCGGCCAGGGAACAGGACCGGCCCGGCCCCAACCCGGACCGCACCCAGGUGGCUCUGUCUGGCGGUGAGGCGGAACCGCAGCGGCCCCACAAGAGCCCAGAGGCCGUCAUCACCACAAACACACACACAGAUACCAGAGCAAUGGCUGCUGGGACACGGGAGGCCAGCCCCGGCCGCGGGACUCCUCCCUACAUGGAGGUGUCCACCCAGAGCCCGCUCGGCCCGGAAAUGCUGGAGAUCGCCGCGCACUGGGCUGCAGGGUACAGCGGGGCGCCGGAGCACGGCGAGCAGGGAUGGCCGGAGCCGGGUCCCCUAUCGGGCCUCCAGGACGCAGCAGAACUCCCGCUCAACGCUGUAGCGACGCACCGCAGCUUCUACAGCAUUUGUCCCAUCGGAGCCGAGGAGCUGGAGCCCAGCUGGACCCAGACGGCUCUGCCCGGCACACCCUCCGGCCAAUCAGAGGCCAGCAUGUUCAGGGACCAUGCCAACACAGGUACCACCUGGUCACAUGAACAGGAAGUGGUCUCCGCUGACAAACUGGAUCCUGGAUCGGUUCUGGAUAAGAACGGAGUGUUAAACCAACAGGGUGAGGCCGCCGUGAGCGGCGAGGACCCUCAGGCAUCCACAGUGGACAGCUAUCAGCCGAAGGACCCCGGCGCCGCCACAGAAGAAGAAAACAUCCGCUUAAGGAAGAAAGAAGCAGAGCUGAGCGGUGAUGGGUCUGGGUUCAGAGCGGAGCAGGAAGUCCAGAACCGUCCAGGUCCGAAGACCAUCCAGGUCCGAAUGCUGCUCCAGGAGGAAGACGAGGAUGACCUUCCUCUGCUGGAGGGGCCGACCCUUCGACUGUGCCACACACAGAUCAUCUGCAGGGUCAGCAAUGCUACAGCGAAGCCGACCCGACGUGGUCAGAACCCCACCCUGCUGGCUCCCGGGUCAGACUCCUUCCAUGAGGAACCCAAAGAGCCCACAGGAAACGCUGAGCAGGGGUCAGAGGUCAUCAUUCAGAGAAGCCCUGCAGAGGCCGGGGAUGCUGCCUCUGGUGUACACGAACCAGAACCAGAGGUCUGGGACCGGAUUGGACCUCAGAACCAUGAAGACAUAAGCCACCAUCCACCCAGCCGCUCUGAGCGCUCUGGGCCGCCACCUUCCUCUCCCGUUUCCUCCUCUUCCUCACACGAAGAGACGCCAUCUGGCGGGUUUACUACAGCGGGUCAGAGACACCCCCCCAGCCCGGAUCGGACCUCUGACUCUUCCUCAGACAGAAACAACAUGGAGGAGAUGAAGAGUUUACUCCCCGUUGCCCCCGGUUACUCAGACUGGAUGGUUACUGAUACCAGCUGCCAGGAGAGUUCUGGUUCAGUACCGGUGGACCCGGAUCAGAUCGAUGUCUACGCCUCCACUCCAUCCUACGAGAUUCACUUCCUGAACCAGGAAGUCCCAGCCGCUGAGAAAAAGGAGGAGAAGGUGAGCGGGAUCAGGGACAUGGUGUCGGAGCUCCUGGGACAGCUGGCCGAGGGGUCCGUCUGCCACCUGUAUCCCCAGCCCUGGAUUCGGCUGAGCCCGGACCAGAACCCCGACGCUCUGACCCAGGGCACGUCGGAGGCGGACGGUACGAAGGGCGAGGAUGAGGAGCAGAUCCCAGCCCUGGUGUCAGAGCUGCAGCCCUCCAUGGCCCUGCUGGGGGCCUUCCCCUACAGCACGGCGACGCCCCAGGGGCCCUGCGUCUGGGACUGGCACACCAGCGGCUUCCAGGCUGAAGCUGCUGCUGCUCCGUGUCUCAACCCUGAAGCUGAAGUAUGGAACGACCCCAACCUGAGCUUCCACAUCCCCGACCCGGACUACCAGCAGCUGCAGCAGCCGUGGCUGCAGCUCCCCGACAACCUGAACCACCAGGAAGGAUUCGUGUCGGAGUUUGAAGGGAACGUGAGUCUGGCGGAGGCCGAGUAUCUGACUCCAACGCCUGAAGCUCUGACGGUGAACGGAGAAACCCCUGAUCCUCCGGUUACAGAUGAGAUCCGAGAGGAACUGAGCAGAGCUCUGGAGUCCUGCCUGACCAGGGAUUAUCUGAGCAGCGACCUCUACCUGAAGUCCCAGAUGGACAACGACCAGUACGUCUCCAUCGCCACGCUGGCCAGCCUGGACGGCAUCAAGAACCUCACCACAGACCUGGAGCUCAUCUCUGACAUUCUCAAAUCCAUGCCUCUGGUCCAGGUGGCCCCAUGCGGGCAGAAGGUUCGGCCCAGACAGAACCGCUGCGUUGUGAUCUUGCGGGAGAUUCCUGACACCACUCCUGCAGAGGAGGUGGAGGCUCUGUUCGAAGGAGAGAACCUGCCCAAAGUCCUGAGCUGUGAGGUCGUCAACAACGACAACUGGUUCCUCACUUUUCAGUCAGAGGCUGACGCUCAGCAGGCCUACAGGUACCUGAGAGAGGAGGUCCGGGUUUUUAAGGGGAAGCCCAUCAUGGCCCGGAUCAAAGCUAAGACCAUGGCCAUCGCCUCCUUCGCCCCCAAGAACGGCUACAGGCCCGUCCAGUUGGACCAGUGCAGCAGCCGCUACAGCUCCUACUUCCCCCCCACCACCUUCAACCCGUCCUGCCUCCCUCAGCAGAUGUUUGACCAGAACAACGAGGCAUGGCCCGCCACCGCGGCCCAGUACCAGGAGAACGUGGAGCCUGAGCUGCUGAUGAACAACCUGAUGAACGAGUUUCCAGCAGCUUCUACCUUCAAGCCGCACGCAGCUCACAGACAGAGGAGGGGCUCCAGGAUGCUGAGCUGUGGAGACCGCUGGCAGACCCACCACCCGGACCUCUACCAGCCGUCGGAGCAGCCGUCUGCAGAACAGUACUCCUCUCCCUCCCUGAGGGCCCGGCGGGGCCGGCUGAGGGGAGGCCUGCGCCGGCAGAGCCGGGGCGGAAGAACAGAAUCCAACAAACAGGUUCUGGUGCCCCCCUCUGACCGGGGAAGUUACAGCAGGAGGGGAGCCUUCGGCCAGAAGAGGAGGGAGACGGAGAAAUCCUUGGAGAGACCCAAACUGAACUCUGAGCCUCCUCCUCCUCCUCUGGAGCUCAGCUUGUCCAGCUUCCCUCCCCUGUCUACAGCAAAUGUUGCCACGGCGACGACACCUGCAGCUAACGACAGCGUCAAGAGUCCGACAAAAAGCAGCAGCUCAAACUCAUCGUCCUCAUCCUCAGCUUCAUCACUUCCUCCAGUGGAGCCUCAGCCGGCGUCUCUGCUGAAAGACGCAGACAGCGGAGAGACGACGGCGGAGGACAAACCAGUCCAGCUGCCACUGGAGCCAGCAGCAGUAAGACACAUUCAGGACUCAGUUUAUCACCUGGACCAGCCAGACGGGCAGGAGCUGAAGAAGCUGAGCUACGCUGAGAUCUGCCAGAAGGCUUCGUCCAAUGAGGCGUCGGCGCCGCUGGCUGACCCCGCCCCCUCAGCGGAGCACCAGGCGUCCCAACAGCCUCUGUUGCCGCUGUGAGACAAAAACAGUCCAAUGGGAGUGUGUAGUUGUAUAGCUGGCUGUAUAUUUAUUAUAAAGAUUGAUCAGUAAGUAAUGGAGAUCAACUCUGAGCUAAACCAGAAACCAGCCUUUACAAGCUCAGGAUUUUUAAUCUUAAAACUAUAAAAACUGCUGAUGCUGAAUAGGAACUUUUAACACUUUAAUUAUUUUGGCAGGAAACUGAAAAUAAUCUGUAAAUGUUUUUGUAAUUCUUUAGUUUUGUUUCUUGUCUUGUUGGGCUCAGUGUAAUGAGAGCCAGGCGUUAUUUUCAGGUUUAUUGUGUUUGGCCGUCGGCUCUGUACAGGAAGUUCUGUCAGGAUUCUGUUUUUUAUUCUGAAUUUUUAAGUCUGAAGUGGAUCCUUCCCAUGUUUAGAAGCCCAACAAUUAAUAACUAGAUCUGUAAAGCCUUCCUGUGUGUUUGAAAGUACUGAAUAUCAACUCUUUAUUGUUGCUCUGACUGUUUUAUUUCAUUUUAAACACGGAUUCAGUUUUAUUUGUGUUAAACUGGCCUGUUUUAGUUGUUGACUUUAUUUAACUUGCUGAGUUUUGACCGCUGAGCGUCCAAGAACAAACUGAUUCAACUUGAAGAAAUGUUUUCUUUUGAUUGUAAAGAGACAAAUGUUGUUUUCUGAUGUGAAGUUUGAAUGUAUAGCUGGCACCACUGUGACAUAUGUUGUUGUGUACAAAUGUACAGAAUACUGAACAGAAAUAUAUUAAAGAAGUGCCUUUACAAGUAA